AAGAUUUCUUCAAUAAGAUGUUGUUUAAAUAUGAAAUAAGGGCAGAUUUGGUGUGUACCUUGUGUUUCAUUUAGCUUUGGCCAAACAAUUUGCAGGAUAAUUUGCACCAUUUUUCACAAAACGGGUCAUCUUCUCCACACCUAACAUCUAGCCAAGAAAAGAAAAAUGCUUCAAUACCCAGAAAUAUUUUUAAGGGAAAAAGGAGGACAAUUAUAAAGUCAUGUUUAUCUUAAGAAGAGAAUUCAUACCUAACAAUAUGAGAUAAGACUAUGAUUUUUCCCCAAAGUCUUGCCUCUGACUAUUCUACAUAUAGAAGGCCAAAACAAAAAAACAAAAAAAAACAAAAGAAAAAGAAAUCUAAAUAUAGAAUACCUUCAUAUCACAGUUUUUGGGGUAGCCAUUUACAUACCUGUCUGUCGCAGAAAUCCAAAAUAUCUCCUCCAAACCAAUUCAAUGUUGAAGCCACAGGCUCACCAGUCGCACUCCAUCAAGAUCUUGUUUCCAUUGCAGAAGCCCUUCCUCAGCGGCACUUCUGCUCCCUCUCCUCUUGUUAACUCAAAUUCUUCCUUUAACAGAACAAAGAAGAAGAAUGUUAAGCUUGGCUCUGUUCUUACUAGCAUCAAAGCAGUAGCAGGAAAUGCUACUGAGAAGGCUGUUAUUGUGAAAGCUGUUGUUACUGUUAAGCAAACUACCGGCAGUGUUCUCUCAAAUAUUGGGAUAGAAGGAGGGUUAGACCUUGUCAAGGACUUGUUUGGUAAAACUCUGCUCUUGGAGCUUGUUAGCACUGAGCUUGACCCAAAGACUGGAUCAGAGAAGAGUACAAUAAAAGGAAAUGCACGACAAGUGAGCAAGGAGGGUGAGGAUGUCAAGUAUGAAGCAGAGUUUAAAGUUCCAACAGGUUUUGGAGACAUUGGUGCCGUUCUGGUUGAGAAUGAGCACCAUAAAGAGAUGUUUUUUGAGAGCAUAGUCCUAGAUGGUUUGCCAAAAGGGCUGGUUACCGUGAAUUGUGGUUCUUGGGUUCAUUCCAAGUAUGAUAAUCCUCAGAAGAGGGUCUUCUUCACCAAUAAGAACGCAUAAUCAAAAGCUAUUGA